AUGGGCACUCUAAAGGCCCAUCUCCGGACUCACACAGGUGAGAAACCGUACGAGUGCAACGUGUGUCACAAAACCUUUGCGCUCAGAGGCAACCUGACGGGCCAUCUUCUUCGAAUCCACACAGGUUGGAAGUCAUACAAUUGUAAGGUGUGCCACAGCGCAUUCGCUAGCCGAAGCUGGCUGCGGAGACAUCUGGGCACCCACACGGACAAAAGCCCUACCGAGUCUCAACUCCAAUGCAUCGUGGUGCUACAAGACAUUUUAAAAAGCCGGGAGACAAGUCGAGCGAGCUCACCACGUACCAGAAACCAUUUCUCUGAUGGCUCCAGUGAGCUAAAGACACCUUUGCGCACCCACACAGGAAAAAGCCUCCCUGAGUCUCAGCCGCAGUGCAUCGUGGUGGUACAAGACAUUUUAAAAACCCGGGAAACAAGUCGAGCGAGUUCACCAUGUACCAGAAACCAUUUCACUGAUGGCUCCAGAGAGCUAAAGACACAUCUGCGCACCCACACAGAAAAAAACCUCCCUGAGUCUCAACCACAAUGCAUCGUGGUGGUACAAGACAUUUUAAAAACCCGGGAAACAAGUCGA